AUGCUACUCGUCCAUAUCUUUCCUCAGGGUAGUGAUGAUUCUGAUGGUGAUAAUGAUGAUAAAAGCAAUCAAGAUGAUAACGAAAUAAAAUAUCAGUGGUUUUGGAAAUCAAAUAAAGAUCCAUGGCUUAACGAUGAAGAAAAACAAUUUACUCCAUAUGAAUCAAACUUCAAUCAAAUAAUUGAAAAAGCUUAUUUAAACGGAGAGAAUGAAGUAGUAAUUAACAAAACAUACAAAAUUGAUUUUAUACACGAGAUACAAAUAAAUUUAAAUGACGCAUUUAAAGAAAGACCUGUUCUUAGACAAUCUCUUACUACUACACACUUACCAUCAGCUACAUCAGCAGCUGCGACAGCCACAAGUAUUACAACAAAAUUUGAUACUGCUACAAGUGAUUGUGAACAACGUAUACAAUUCCCAACAGGAUUAUCUCGUUCCGGUUCAUUUAGUAAAGAUACAGAUUUUCGUGGUUGCAGUUUUAUUGUUGAUUGGUAUAAAUGGAUUACAAAUGGUAAAUUGAAAAUAAAAAACUGCAUUAUAGUUGAUUUAGCAAUAAAAGGUAUAUUAGCUGAAAGUGAACUAUAUCUAGAUGAUAAGAAGAAGGCAGUCGAAGAUGCAAAUCAUUUUAUUAGUGAAUUGCGUAGAGUGCAACACGCCGAAAAGUUAUUUAUCAUACAAGAAGUUUGUAUACAAUUAUAUACAAAAGAGUCAUUUCUAUUUCGAAUUAUUAACGAAACAUUACGAGAUAAUAAUCGUGACAAAUUUGAAACGUUAGGACCAUUUUGUUUUCUACUAUACACCUAUACCCAUAGUCCAAAGAAUAAACAAGGUAAAUUACCAAAACAAAUAACAUUGUAUCGUGGUGAACCGUUAACACCUGAUGUUAUUGAACUUUAUAAAUUAUCUAUUGGUAGUGAUACAAUCUGGAAAUGGUCACAAUUUGUAUCGACAUCAAAAAAACGUGAGGCAGCUGAAUUGUUUGGUAAUGGUAAUAGUUUAUAUGUUAUUGAAAUGAAAAAACGUUCAGCAAGUGAUCAAGGUGUUUAUAUAGCAAAACUGUCACAAUUUACAAUGGAAGAAGAAGUAUUAUUACGUCCUGGUAUAAGAUUUAAAAUAAUAAAAGUAGAAGAAGAAAUUGAAACAAAAAUGCAAAUAUUUUAUAUUGACAUUAUACCAUCCUUUCAUGUCCGGUUUGAAUUAAUUGAACAGUAG